AUGGUCAAAGCUAUUAGGGUUCAUGAACUCGGUGGACCUGAGGUUCUGAAAUGGGAGGAAGUGGAAAUAGGAGAGCCAAAGGAAGGAGAGAUCAGGGUGAAGAAUAAGGCCAUUGGGCUUAACUUCAUCGAUGUAUACUAUCGCAAAGGAGUUUACAAGGCUGCCACAAUACCUUUUACACCAGGUAUGGAAGCAGUUGGUGUGGUGACUUCCGUGGGUCCUGGACUAACGGGCCGGAAUGUUGGAGAUCUCGUCGCUUAUGCUGGUAACCCAAUGGGUUCAUAUGCUGAAGAGCAGAUCCUUCCAGCAGAAAAAGUGGUGUCUGUUCCUUCCACUAUGGAUCCCGUUGUAGCUGCAGCUGUCAUUCUCAAAGGAAUGACAGCUCAAUUCCUCGUUCGUCGGUGUUUCAAGGUUGAACCUGGACACACAGUUCUUGUUCAUGCUGCAGCAGGUGGAGUUGGGUCUCUGUUGUGCCAGUGGGCAAAUGCCCUUGGUGCCACUGUCAUUGGAACUGUCUCAACCAAAGAAAAGGCAGCUCAAGCCAAAGAUGAUGGAUGCCAUCAUGUCAUAAUGUACAAGGAUGAGGAUUUUGUUACCCGUGUCAAUGAGAUAACAUCAGGCAAAGGAGUUGAUGUUGUCUAUGAUUCUGUUGGAAAGGACACCUUUCAGGGUUCUUUGGCAUGCUUAAAAAUCCGUGGAUACAUGGUAAGUUUUGGGCAGUCCUCUGGUACACCAGACCCACUGCCAUUGUCAGCACUUGCAGCAAAAUCGCUGUUCUUGACAAGGCCCCACCUCAUGCACUACAAUCUAACACGGGAAGAGCUGCUUGAAACUGCUGGAGAGCUAUUUGCGUGCAUCACAUCGGGGGUCUUACGGAUCCGUGUAAAUCGCACCUACCCCUUAUCUCAGGCGGCACAAGCGCAUGCUGAUCUUGAGGGUCGGAAAACAUCGGGAUCUGUUGUCCUGAUACCAGAUGGUGUUGACCAGUAAGUUCAUAAUCCCCAACUAGUCUUGUUUCCUCUGUUGUAGGAGUUGGGACAGUUGGAUAGCACAAACAUUCCAAUGAGUGCAAGCUGUAUUUGGUCUGGACCCAGUGUGUGAAAUGCACCACCCUAGUGUGUGAAAGCCGUUGUGCAAAAGAAAUAAAAAUCUUGUUGAUUGUAACAUUUUUUUUCCUUUUAAUUGGCUUGUCAUGGAUGUGAUUUUGUUUCUUCACUGGAUGCAUGAUUUUCCCCAGAUCUGUACAU